AGACGUGGGUUGGUGCGCUGCAAGUUUUUUUCAGCGAUAACGGUGUCGCGCCGAGUUCGGUGCUACGUGCUUAAUUCUUUCCUGCUUUAAUCGCAAUCCGCGACGCGUCAUCUCGCUGUGCUUCUUCGUGUUCUUCUUCGACCAAGCACAAAUCAGGAAUUACGCCGCUAGAGACUUUAUCAUCGGAACUCCCACGACGCCGCGUCCAGAUUUUUCAUUCUCACGGAUCAAUCCUGACCCGUUUCGCAUAAUCGCGAGCUUCUCUCGGAUGCUCGAGAAUGCGUUACUGCGGUGCGUAACACGUGGUGCGCAGCUUUUUGUUUAUGAAUUGACUCACGAAGUAUACGAGUGUAUAAAAAAGGAAAGAAAGCGAGAGAGGAGGAAAAAAGGACAUCAAAGUUUACGGCAUUCAAGAGGGGUAGAAUUAUUUUUCGGUGUGCGUCGUUAACGAGCACGAAAACGAAGAAAGAUCGACCACUCGUUAGAAGCCACGGCGAACUUCUCGUUAGCCUUUUGAUGUGUCUUCCUGUUGUAAACGGAACCCAGCGGCGCCGCUAAGGUUUUAAUAAGCAACCUGCCUGUUCCGUUUCAUUCAGAGGAUCUCGAACUGCUGUUAGCGAACUACGGCCAGGUGCAGAACAUCGAAAAGUUGUCGUCGCGAGAGUUAAACACGCAGACCCUACUCAUCAGCUAUGAGACGACGGAACAAGCACAGCAGGCUGUGAACCAGUUGAAUGGCUACGAAUACGACGGCAAUCCACUGAAAGUGGAGAUGUCCUCAGCGGAGAGCCGGCGAAGGGGCCGCAGCCAGCGCAGUAGCGGUGUCGCCUUCUCCGGGCUGUCGGGUUCUGGUCGGCAGACGGACUUCCCGCUGCGUAUCCUCGUACAGUCGGACAUGGUAGGAGCGAUAAUCGGCCGCCAGGGUUCAACUAUACGCACGAUUACGCAGCAAACGCGCGCCCGAGUCGAUGUACACCGCAAGGAUAAUGUCGGGUCGUUGGAGAAGGCGAUCACCAUCUACGGUAAUCCCGAGAACUGCACUAACGCGUGCAAGAAGAUCCUGGAGGUCAUGCAACAAGAAGCAAACAACACGAACAAGGGGGAGAUCACUCUGAAGAUACUCGCACACAAUAAUCUUAUUGGUAGAAUUAUCGGAAAGGGCGGCAACACAAUUAAGAGAAUCAUGCAGGACACCGACACAAAAAUCACUGUUAGUAGUAUCAAUGACAUUAACAGUUUUAACCUCGAACGCAUCAUCACAGUUAAGGGUUCAAUCGAUAACAUGAGCAAGGCCGAGUCCAUGAUCUCCAGCAAACUGCGUCAAAGCUACGAAAAUGAUCUUCAAGCUAUGGCUCCUCAAAGCAUGAUGUUCCCUGGUCUGCACCCGAUGGCCAUGAUGUCCACCGCCGGUAUGAGCUAUAGUUCUCGCGGAUCCGGCCUCUACGGAUCAGGACCCGCCCCGUAUCCCUUCCAGGGCAAUCUGCCACCCCAGCAGGGCAUCGCUGCCAGCGACACCCAAGAGACGACCUUCCUUUACAUUCCCAACAACAGCGUCGGCGCCAUCAUUGGCACCAAGGGCUCGCACAUUCGCAACAUUAUCAGGUUCUCUGGCGCGAGCGUAAAGAUCGCUCCUCUCGAACAAGACAAACCAGCCGAGCAGCAAACCGAGAGAAAAGUCACCAUCGUCGGCUCGCCGGAAUCUCAAUGGAAGGCCCAAUAUUUGAUCUUCGAAAAGAUGCGAGAGGAGGGAUACGUCGCUGGUACCGAGGACGUUAGACUGACCAUCGAGAUUCUCGUGCCCAGUACUCAAGUUGGCCGAAUCAUCGGCAAAGGCGGCCAAAACGUCAGGGAGUUGCAACGCGUGACCGGCAGCGUUAUUAAACUGUCGGAACAGCAAGCUACUCCUCCUUCUGCCGAGGAAGAAACCACCGUCCAUAUUAUCGGCCCCUUCUUCUCCGUUCAGUCGGCACAGAGAAGAAUUCGCGCCAUGGUACUGCAAUCGGCCGCUCCCGGUGGGACCGGCGGUGCUGGCUCACGCGCCGGUCGCGGUAGCAGCCAGGAAGGCACCUCCCGUUCCAAGCGAGAUGGCAGUGCCACCUCCCAAAGCGGCACGACGUCGCAGUCUGGCUCUCAACAGCAAUCGAGCGGCUCGCCAUCCAGCCAACAGCAACCACCGCAGCAGCCACAGUCGCCGCAAAAUCAGUAACGAAGAUAUUCACCUGACGCGGACCGAAGCCACGAACGCCUAUCCGUUUUACUCGCCGGAGUGGCCUCGUCGUCGCUUUGACAUUCUCUCUCGUCGAGAGGCCGAGCUUAUCGCAACCACCUCCUCCUUUCGCGGGGCGCGCGCUACCCUUCCCGGCGGGGGAGGGCCUCCGAACGAGAAUGCGCGACGCGCGGAUCGCGACGGGAAGACGAGCGCUGAUAACGUUCUAGGAGUUGACUCGACGUCAUCCAAGAUCCGAUAACGAGUCUUUGCGGACUCGCCGGCUCUACGAGCUGACUCUUUUGAGCUUCUAGCCAGAUUCCAGUAACGAUUUGGGAGUUUCAAUUCGACGAGUCAAUCGACGUUUCAAGAGUUAAUUCGUAGCUUUCGGCGAAUCCGGCAUUCGGAGGAGUUAAUUUUGAGAGUUUGAACGAGGAUUUUAAUUCCAAAGGAUCCGAGACUCAAUGGCAAGAGUCAAUCUGAGGAGUCAACGAAGCCGGGCGACUCUGUUCGGUUCGAUAUAUCGCGAUCGACCAUGUAAUCACGAGCGAAUAAUAUUAUUUUUCAUGUGAACGUCCCGUCGCUAGCGGGAGCGGAUAAGUAUUGUCUUAUCGCGAGAUUAUUUGUAUUGGCGGUCGUGAUUCUCAAAUCACGACUCCGGCACAAGAUGCGAAACAGAAUAGGAAAGAUCAAGAAGUGAAGCGUAUUCGUUACGACCGAACGGAGAAUCGCCAGGCGUACUAUCUGACCUGGCCUUGUUCAGGUAGACACUGCCGGUAGACACAAUCGCUCUCGUUGACGAGAAUCGUUUUCCCCUUCGCUCUGCGCGUCGCGUCUGCACCCUGCGCGCAAACUCGUUCGUACCCACCCCGCGAUAGCGACGAAGCGACACGCACAGCCGCGCACGACCCAAUUUCGCAGCGCUAACGAAACCACCGCCGCCGAUGAAAUAGGAUACGACGACGAGAACAAACUGAUUAAAAAAAAAAAAAUAGAAAAGAAGAAAAACAUUACACAACCUUAUUACCUCAUUGCAUUACGGUUAAAGAUUUAAUACGAUAGAGGAAAGUGAAACCACGCGCGGGAGAAACCGAUUAAUAUCUAAAAAAAAGAAAUCUAUCUAAUAUUAAAGUUAUUAAUAGUAUACAAAGAGGUUAAGUGACAAUUACAUAUUACGUUAUACCUGUUAACUACCUACUACUACUGCAACUAUUACUAUUAUUACUACCUACCUACUACUACUAUUAUUGCUAUACGCUAUUUACUUACUUCAUACUAGUACUACAGGAGGAAAGCGGUUUUUCUUAAAAAAAAAACAAAAAAAGAAUAUGAAACUGAAACGCAAGCUAGGUACAGUUUUUUAUAUCACAAUCCAGAGACACACUGAAUACACAUAAUACGGGACUUAAAUGAUAUCGAGACCGUGCGCCGCGGAACGGCACAUCCGUUCGCGGUCGUAGGCGUAAGCUAGAAUGUCUCAAGGAGGAGAAGAAAAAAAAAACGACCAACCCGCGGCCCCAACCCGCCCCUCCUCGCACCACGUAAUACCAAAGAAGAAACGAUUACGAGCUUUCGUAUUAGUGAAGUGAAAUGUGUCGUGUACGCUCUAUUCGCCUCAAGUUUGUUACUAUUUUCAAAUUUUCUUAUUUUUCUUCUUGCAGUUUUUUUUACCAAAAGCUACGAGAAUAAGAGAAAGAGAGAGAUAGAGAAGAGUCAGAUAUUUAUUUUAUCUUAUUUUUUUUCUCUUUUUCUCGUAUUCAACCAGUUUUGUGCCAAAUGACUCUAUGUCUCGUCGGCGCUGUCCUCGAUGUCACGAUGACAACUUGUCGAUUUUCCCUUCCACAAUUCAAAUAUUCACGGAAAUGUGAGAGAGGAGGUUGAUAAAUUAUCAGCACGAUGUCGAGGGCAACAGGAAAUGUGAGAUCGCGAUUGAUGACGCUGAAGAAGAAGAAAAAGGAAGUGUAAAUAAAUAUAUGAUUCUUCUCUGGUUCCUUCUCACGCUCUAGUUCUUGGUGAGAAGUUUAAAGAUAAGAAAAUUGUUCGCGUUGCAUAUCAGUCCGGUAACUACAUGCUCGGACUAAUUGUCUCUUAUCUCUAACUUUUCUUAUUUUCGUAAAAAAAUUGAAAAGAGGGAAUUGAAAGGGAAGAGACAAUUAUUUUGAGCGUGUAUUAUUGGAUCGGUACAUGGCACGGAUGUUAUUUUCAGCCACGUUUCUCCUUUCUCAAAGAACAUUGAGAAAGGACGUUUCGAACACACGGAGAGAAUGAGAAAGCGACUGUCGGUACGCGCGAGGAAUAGCAAAAGAGGUAGAGAAGGAAAAAGAAAAGGAGAGAGGGAGAGGGAGAGAGAAAGAGAGAGAGAGAGAGAGAGAGAGAGAGAGAAAAAGCGACAAAGCGAAGGAGGGGGGACGUAAGGGAGACAAAAAGUGAACCGACAAAACUUUCAGGGAUUUUUACUUUUACCAAGAAUAAUAGUGUGUGAGUGUGCGUGUGUUGAUAAUUAUUAAUUGAUAAGUAAUUGAUUACUUAUGUUAUAAGUAGUCAAUUAUUAUAAGUAAUUAUAUAAUAAGUAACUGAU